CCUAUCAAAUGCAUUCAGAAAUCUUCACACACCAAACCCAAAUCUUCAAGAACAAGGAGCUACAGAGAGAAACAGAAGAGAAGAAGAGAAAUGGCGAAACCGAAAUCAUUCUUCAUGUUCUGCAUCGGCGAUUUUGCGUCCAAACUGCCUAUACCAGCUGCUUUUGUUGAAGAUCACGGACUACAUCUUCGACGUCAACUCUGGCUGCACCUGAAAACGCAACCGGCGGCGGCAUCUUGGGCCGUCAAGGUCAACAAAAUCGACGGCAUUUUCUACAUCGUGGAUGGCUGGUCCGAGUUCGUCACCGACAACAACAUCCUCGAAAUGAAGGUGCUUUGCUUCCACAUCGUCGGAAAUUCCACUCUCCACGUCGCCAUUUUCGGCAACGACUCCUGCCUCGAACUCGGAACAGAGCUACAAACUAAAGAGCCAGUAAGGCCGCUGAGGUUCGUGAAGAAAUUGAAGGAGUACCAUUUCUUAGAUCAAAGACUGGAGAUCCCAAAAGAGUUCUCUGGUGCGACGGCGGUUGGAAGUGAAGACAAGAUAAGACUACGAGAUUGGAAAGGAAAGAAGUGGACGAUCUCCAUAACAGACCGGAACAAUGGGAUUCGUGCUUUUAGCGCUGGAUGGAAGAGAUUCCUGAAUGCGAACAAGUUGAAGGUUGGAGCAAUCUUGUUGUUUGAUUUCGACAUGGAAUCAAAUGAUGUGAUUAAGGUUGAGCUGCUUGGAGAUCAAGAUGGAGAGGAGAUGCUUGGUCGAGCUACUUAUGGAGGCUUCGUUCCCUUUGACUAGUUUUUAUUUUAUCAUGCUUUUGUCUCCACAUACUUUAACCACAUUUUCAGUGAGAACACCAAAUGUGUGUGGAGGUGGUGAUUUGGACACACUGCUUUUUAGGAGAGAACUCUAUGUUUGCUACUGUUUUUAUUUUAAACUAUGGUUGACUAAAUUUGCUAAAUUUGGACACACACGCCUUAUUCUGGAAACCAUGGUUGACUAAAUUUGCUAGCUGAGGUUUAGUUAGUUGAGUAAUCUAAUGGUAGAUGAAUUACAUGAAGGGGAAGUCUCAUGCUAUAUGAUGGGACUUCAACGUUGUGAGUUUGUUGCAGUAAAUUAGUUAUUAGGUAGAUUGAUAACCAUGUAACUUGAAUGGAGUAGCAUAUUAGCCUGUUAUUUCUUAAGGCUGCUAGGAUGAAUGUUUUAAUUACCACAUACAGAACUUAGUGUAGUAAAUAUGAAAUCGUCCAACUUCCCGUUAGUUCGCUCGAUCUAGUGACUAGCAUGCUUGCUGGUUCAUUUGCUGAGCCAAGAGGUUUAUGGUAGGGAUUUUAUUUUGUUCUCCCAUUGACCCAGUUCUUACAGUAUAAAAAAAUGAUGAAGUUGAUUGUGAGCUUUCAUGAUAUCAAAUGCAUCGUGAACUUCCAUUUUUCUAGAUUUAUUUCUGUGGAAAUAAUUGAAUUUGUUCAGUGUUGUUCUAAGACUGGUCAAUGAUUCGAUGGAAAGAGCAUCCUAAGACAUUUUGUUAUAACAAAAUUAUGUAGAAUGAUCAAUGGAGUUUAAACUUCCUAAACAGGUGUUAUUUAUGAAGCAUUCAUCUGAUCAUCAGAAAUAUAUUUCUGUCUUAGAUUCGUAUUUUAUUUUAUUUUUUGUAAGUUCAGGUACACGUGG